CAUUCCAUCAUUCACUCAAUCUCUCAAUUUUCGUUCGUUCGGUGGCAAAAUCCGCGUCUCCCAUUUGCUCAAAUGUAAUUGUGUUUCGUGUUAACAACAAAAGGGCCAACAAGCUAAGGACAACUACAAAAUUAUUGGAUCGGGACGCCGCGAAAAAUGAAGCAAAUAAUUGAGUAACUAAAAUGUUUGUUAAACUACGUGUGUUUGUGUUAAGUCCGGCUUUUUGAGGCAGCGGCUAAGUGAAAUACAAAUACAAAUCAUAGUAAUUGAUAUGAGCAACCUCACGGAUAUGUCGAAUUGUUUCCUAAAUUCAGCACAAAAGUAAUUGGUUUAUUCAACAAAAGUAGCUGCUACAUAAAAUUAUCAAAUUCGAUUCGGUGCGAGUAGUUGGUGCGCCUGCGCUUCUUGUUUUUUGCACAAUUUGUUAAUGUUUUAAUUCGUUUCGGUCAUCAAGGUGGGUGGCAUUCGCAUCAAAUGAGACGGACACCGGCUGUAUUGGCCUGCUAAGGCUGUGAAUAUCGCGCCUCUAUAGUUUGCAAAAAGAAACAAAAUAAUCAAAAACGCAAAAGGCAACAACGCGAACCGAACGCGUCUUUUUGGCUCUAAAAGGGCAUUCGGGAAGGCAGGAAAAUGCCAGCCAAUAAAAGAUACAUACAAGAAAAAAUGCAAAGAGUGCGCGAAAAUUGAAUGCGUGUGUGAGAGCGUGCAAGAGUAUAUGUGUGUGUGUGUGUGUGUGCAGCCAUAAAACAAACAAAUAAAAAUAGUGUGAAAAAUAAUUUGUGUGUUGUUUAAACAAUUAGCCGCAAAAACGGUCGCAUCGCUUCGCAUCGCGUCUCACUCAGUGUCCGUGUCUGUGUGUGAGUGUUGUGUAUCCCUGGAAUGCGGCAGUCGUCGGCACAUGCGCAAAUAUUUGUGAUUUGUUUUUGUUUGCGCGCAGAAGCUGAAAGGGGAAGCGAGAACGAGAGAGAGAAAGAGUGAACCAACAUUGGAAUACCACAUCGAUGCAUCGAUGGCCAUGUGCAUAAGCUCCGAGAGGUCGUAGACACCACUUAAAAAAGAUAAAAAAGGAAACGAAAAAACAAACCUAAGACAAGGCAAAGCAAGGAACCGACUCAAAAAUGUCCGGCAAUCAACAGCAGCAACAAAACCAGCAGAAGACAUUAACCACAACAACAACAACAACAGCAGCAGCAGCAGCAACAACAAACGGAACAGCAACUUUGAACAAUAAUUUGAUAAAAACAAAUAGCGUUGACAAAAUUAUAAGCAAAACAGCGACGCAGGCAAUUAACAAGCAACAACAGCAGCAACAGCAACAACUACCAAGACGCUCUUUGUUGGCACCAACAGCAGCAGCAACAUUACAGCAGCAACAACAGUCAGUGCCACACUCAACGCAACAACAAAGCGUAACGACAGCGGGAAAGAAGCAACAGCAGCAGCUACACCAACAGCAACAAUCACAUCAAUUGCAGACUGUGGCCACCAUUCAUCAGCCACACAGCACGCAACAGCAACAGCAACAGCAGCAACAUCAUCAUCAGACAUUGACUUCUCGCUUGCCCAUCCAGCAGCAAUCCACUAAAGAAUUGCCUAAUCUUGCAACACAUCAACAGCAGCAACAACAGCAGCAUCAACGUCGCAGCUUCUACCAGUUGCAGCAGCAGCAACAGCAACAACAGUCCCUUCGCAGUCCAAACCUUAAGGCAGGAGCACCCGCACACUCCAUACCGCCUAGAUACCAGCCACCGCCGCAGCCAGGCACGGGCAUACUGAAACCACAUUUGCCCAUCAAAUAUCCGCCGGAUAUACCGCAGCUAUCCAACAUCUACAUACCAGACUCGCUCAAGCAACAGCAGCAGCAGCAGCAUCCACAGGCAACACGCUAUCUGCAACAUCCGGCCAUCAUUAAGGGAGGAGCAGCACAGGAUAUGCUGAAAUUUGUACGCAAACCGGAACAGGAACAUCCAUCGCCCAAUGCCUCGGUCACGUCCAGCGGCACUGGCAUACCCACGACCAAUGGGGCUGGCGGUCGCCUGACUGUGGAGCAAAAUCGUCAGCUGCAGUCGCUGGUCAAUGAGCUGCGCACGCUCAAGGAGCAGAAUCAGCGACUGCUGGACGACAACCAGGAGCUGCGAGAUCUGUGCUGUUUCCUCGACGAUGAUCGGCAAAAGGGACGCAAGUUGGCCAGGGAAUGGCAACGUUUUGGUCGCUACACGGCCAGUGUGAUGCGCCAAGAGGUGGCUGCCUAUCAGAACAAACUACGUCAGUUGGAUGACAAGCAGCAGGAGCUAAUCACGGACAAUCUGGAGCUGAAGGAGCUCUGUCUGUACUUGGACGAGGAGCGCGCCCAUGUGGCGGCCAAUGCGCUGUGCGCCGGCUGCGGUGCGGCCACCAGGAAUGCUUUGCGCGACGAUGGCGAUGGCUCCAGUUCGAGCACCCAAGCGGAUGAGACCAUCACUGCCUUGCGGAACUAUGCUGAGCAGCGGCAACUGCCCCAGGAUCUACGUCAUGCCCACACGCUGAACGAUCAGACGCUUCAGUAUGUGCGCUCGUUGGAGCGACGCAUUCAGCAGCUGGAGGAGGAACGCACCACGCCCACAGCCCAUCUGCAGCAGCAGCAACAGUCCAUGCCCACGCCACAGGCAGCAACACCAACGCCACAGCCAGCCACAGCCACAGCAACAGCACCAGCCAAAUCAGCGCCUUCGCCACAUCAGCAGGAGAUCAACACGACGAGCAGCCAGCAUCAGCAGCAGGCGGCAGUGGCUGCAGCAGCAGCAGCGGCCAUCCAACUGCCAGAACCGAUUGCCGGUCGUCCGGAGGCGGUGGUGCGGGCCCUUCAAGUGUUGGAGGUGCGAGAGCAACUGGAACGCGACCGUCUGGGCAAUUUGGCUGGCAGUGCACUCGAUCAGAUGGACGAUGGCGAGAAGGCGCUGGUGCGCGAGAUGUGCAACGUGGUCUGGCGCAAACUGGAGGGCAGUCCGCACGGACCCGCUGCCCUAGAGCCGCUCUAAGCAAACAGAACACACAAAAAC